AUGAUCGAGAAUGGUGUCCGUUUCAUCGAUAUCACUGACAUCAAGGACGAAGAAGUUCUCGAAAUGAUAUCCACUCCUGAUCAUGACUUCAGUCAAUACCUCAACACACUCGACCUGAAUGCUGACUUGGCUCAUCGAGGGUUAGAUUGGAUGGAGGCCGAAUUUGAUGGCCGAUCUAUGGCCCCUUCUGAGCAACCGACACCGUUCAAUACUGAACGUGCAAUGCGUCACCUCAAGACAAUGACUGAGUUUUGGAGUAGAGAUCAUCGGGUGGAAAACGGCACGAAAGCUGCCGAAUGGAUCCUCGAAAGUAUUGAGAGGAUCGUUGCCUUGGUCAACCCGCAUAUCGAAUCCGCGGCGUUCGCGCAUAACGCCACCAAGCAGCCCUCCAUUAUUGCCAAGCUACCCGGAGCUACCUCUGACAUCGUUGUCUUCGGCGCCCACUUCGACUCCAUCUCAAGAAAGCCUGGUGGCUAUGCUCCGGGAGCCGACGAUAAUGCUUCUGGAACGGUCGUGCUACUUGAACUUCUCCGGACACUAGCAGAAAAGACGAGUCACAAGGAAACCGAGCCUUGGAAGCCCCUUCGCAACACAGUCGAGUUCCACUUCUAUGCCGCAGAAGAGGUCGGUUUGCUUGGUUCUUCAGAGAUCUUCUACGAUUACAAGGUCAAAAACAAGACCGUGGUUGCCAUGCUGAACCACGACAUGCUGGGUUUCUCAUCUACUGACAAGGUGUCUCUUGGUGGCGACAAAAUUGACCCACGCCUCACACAUGUCCUCCGAACCAUUGCAAAGCAGCGCGGCAUCGCAACACUGAGCUUUUCUUGCGGUUACGCCUGUUCCGAUCAUGCAAGCGCUCACAACAACAAGUACCGUGAGUGCGAAGUUUCAUUCUUGCUUGAAUUCGGUUGA